CUACUUUCCUUUGUCGCUUCCUCACGGCCGGACGCAGACCCGUGAUUCCAACGCCCUCGAGUCCAAGGCCUGGGAAGAAGCCAAGAAACUUCUCUCUCUCCCCCUCUCUCAUCCGAACGCUUUGCGGUCCAAGAAGCGAUGAAGAACAAGAUGGCUUCAGUAGAACUCGCUGUUUGAUGGGAGGCAAGGAGACCUCUUCUUCUUCUGCCUCACCGCCUUCCUUCGUCUGGGAUUGCCUCCUCUGACCGUUCUUUGUUAACGUGGAACUAAGUGUUGGUGGCUUUCCCUUAAGCAAAUGAUCAAUAGAAGACUGGAACAAGAGCUUCUGAUGUCAAAGGGAAACUAUGAAUCAGCAUGAUGAAAAAAUUUUGAGGUUCUAGGAUUGGAGCUCAGAGCAAUCACAAAGUUCAUAGAGGACAUCUUCACGAAAACAAUAAUUGGUCCACUAAUGAGAAGCAUGCAGAGAAUAUAUCAUUAUAUGUUUGAACUUCUAAGCAAUAUCUUUCAGUAUAAGUCCAUAAAGGAUUCAUCUGCAGAAGAUUUGAAGUCUAGGAAGAAAGUACUGGAUCCUCAAGGGCCAUUUCUCCAGAAGUGGAAUAAAAUAUUUGUUUUAUCCUGUGUCGUGGCAAUAUCUGUAGAUCCUCUCUUCUUCUACAUUCCAUUUGUUAAUGAUAAGGAUACCUGCGUUGAUUUGGAUGAAAAUUUGGUGAUCACAGCAAGUGUCUUGCGAUCCUUCACCGACAUUUUUUACGUACUUCAUAUAAUAUUCCAAUUUCGAACUGGUUUUAUUGCUCCACCAUCUCGUGUAUUUGGAAGGGGUGUCUUGGUCGAAGACUUUUCAGCAAUAGCCCUUAGAUAUUUGAAGUCAUACUUCCUUAUUGACAUUCUUGCCGUUAUUCCUCUCCCUCAGGUUGUUAUAUUGAUCAUAAUACCAAAGCUAAAAGGGUCAGGUUCGGUGGACGCAAAGACGCUGUUGAUGUACAUUAUCAUUUUACAAUAUGUGCCUAGGCUUGUUAGAAUAAUACCAUUGUAUGUUGAAGUCACAAAAUCUGCUGGUAUAAUUGCUGAAACUGCAUGGGCUGGAGCUGCUUUGAACCUUUUUCUCUAUAUGCUUGCAAGUCAUGUACUUGGGGCAUGCUGGUACUUCCUUUCUAUUGAACGAGAAGAUUCUUGUUGGAGACGUGCCUGCCAUAAACAUAAUUGUACAACUAUGUUCUGGUACUGUGGAGUUAAAAAGGAAGAAAGCAUGGAUUUUAUAGAUGGUGAGUGUCCUAUUCAAGAAGAAAAUGCAACAAUCUUUGACUUCGGCAUGUACCUUCAGGCUCUUCAAUCAGAUAUUGUUCUUCUAAGAAACUUUCCGGAAAAGUUCUUUUAUUGCUUUUGGUGGGGCUUACAAAAUCUGAGUUCCCUGGGACAAAAUUUGCAAACAAGCACUUACCUGGGGGAGAUUUUAUUUGCUGUUUUCAUCUCCAUUUCUGGGCUGGUUUUGUUUUCACUUCUUAUCGGCAACAUGCAGACUUAUCUGCAAUCUACCACUGUGAGAAUAGAAGAAAUGAGAGUGAAAAGGCAAGAUGCAGAGCAAUGGAUGUCCCACCGGAUGCUUCCAGAGAAUCUGAGGGAGCGAAUACGCCGUCAUGAACAAUACCAAUGGCAAGAAACAAGAGGGGUUGAUGAAGAGCAUCUGCUUCAAAAUCUACCUAAGGACCUAAGAAGGGACAUAAAACGUCAUCUCUGUUUGGGACUGCUGAGGAGGGUUCCCAUGUUUGAAUUAAUGGACGAUCAACUUAUGGAUGCCAUGUGUGACCGUCUGAAACCAAUCCUUUACACUGAAAACAGCUGCAUUAUUCGUGAAGGGGACCCGGUGGAUGAGAUGCUCUUCAUCAUGAGAGGAAGACUGCUUAGUGUUACAACAAAUGGUGGCAGAACAGGGUUUUUCAAUUCGGAUUACCUGAAGGAAGGCGACUUCUGCGGCGAAGAGCUUCUGACAUGGGCUUUGGAUCCCAACUCAUCUUCGAGCCUCCCCAUCUCCACAAGGACGGUGAAGGCAUUGUCUGAGGUUGAGGCUUUUGCUCUAGCCGCCGAUGACUUGAAAUUUGUUGCCUCCCAGUUCAGGAAGCUGCACAGUAAGAAGCUGAGGCAUACCUUCAGAUUAUAUUCUCAGCAGUGGAGAACAUGGGCUGCUUGCUUUAUACAGGCAGCUUGGCGACGCUACUCAAGAAAGAAACUGGAGGAAUCUCUACACGAGGAGGAGAACAGGCUGCAGGCAGCCCUUGUGAAGGAUGGAACUACCACACCGAGCCUUGGUGCAACAAUCUAUGCAUCAAGGUUUGCGGUGAACGCAUUACGUGCCUUGAGGCGAAACGUAACUCGUAAGGCCAGGUUACAGGAGAGGAUGCCUGUAAUGUUGUUGCAGAAGCCACCAGAACCUGACUUUACUGUGGAAGAACAGUAGCACAUGCAUAUGGUAGUGGCUCAUGCUUCCCUCUCGCUUGCUUGUGCAAUGAUUUGGAUGUCAAUCACUGGCUCACUCACAAGGCACUUUCUGGUUUGUAUGGAUUUCUCUAAAAUAGAUUGCAAGUGUUGUUCUCUACGUGGAUUGCAAGUGUUGUAUUAAUCUACAGUAUGUUUAUGGUAGCAAUACAGUUUUUCGUACGAGUAGAGAUGGGCAGCGUGAUGUCCUGUGUGGCAGUGUACAUAAUCUAUUCAGUAACAUUGGACAGCGUUGUGUUUGAACUUUUGGACUUUUAACUUGUAAGACCUUGUAUCUUUGGUUCCGGAU